AUGGUUUAUUUUACGACCACAAUCACAGCCUUGCUGGCGGGCGUGGCCGCUGCCAACCCAACUAUCCAUGAUCAUGCUAGACGCAUGCAAAACACAAUGGCCAAAGCCGCUGCCGCUGGCACCACCUUUUGGUAUGCCAAUAUGGACCACACUGGGGGUCCUCGUGGCUACUCUCCAGAUCUCGGAAACGACUACUCGUACGAAGUAUUCAAGUCUGUCAACUCCGGUGAUGGCCGAGCUAUUCAAGAUGCCAUUGACAGCAACAACGGAAAGGAGAGGCGGCACAAUUGGUGGGCUUCUCAGCCAAGAGCCAUGGCAGAAAUGCGUAUUCGAUUCGUUGUAUAUCUCCCACCUGGGACAUAUGAAGUAGACUCGAAGAUCCAGUUGCGUGUUGGAACCAUUCUCAUGGGAGACGCCACUAAUCCUCCUGCUAUCAAAGCGUCUAGAAACUGGCAGGGAGAGCGAAAUCUCAUCAACGGUUUGGACCCACGAACUGCUGAAGCAGCCCACACCACAUAUCCCCAUGGUGAGCUUUCCUUCACCGUCGGUCUAAAGAAUGUGAUUUUGGACACGACCAACAUUGGCGGAAGCUCCGAGUUCUCGGACGUCCACCUCAGCAAGUCUUCGUCCGCUUACAUAGAAAACACAUGGGUAUGGAUAGCAGACCACAACACCGAAGGCGGAGGCGGCUGCCUCAUCGCCGCAAAGGGCGGUGUCCUCGUCCAAGCAACAAAAGGCACAUGGCUGCACUCCCUAGGCAGCGAGCACUGGUGGUUAUACCAGCUCAACCUCUGGGAAGCCAAGGAUGUGUUUGUCUCGAUGCUUCAAGCCGAGACGAACUACAACCAGGGCUCAAACGCACCGCAGAUUCCUCCCGCGCCGUGGAAGGCAAAUGUCAGGGGGUGGAAUGACCCUGACUUUUCGUGGUGCGGCGGCGGUGACAAGAUUUGCAGAAAGGGGUAUUCGAAUUUCAUCACCGGCGGUUCCGGCAUUCGCCACUAUGCUAGUACUGCGUGGGAUUUCUUCAGCGGUCCCGGAAAUCAGGGUUGCGAUGAUGCGUGGGGAUGUUCUGAUGUGAUGCACUGGAUCUCGAAGCAGCCGUCUGAUCUUCAGUUGUUUGGUGUGUGUUCAAAGUCUGCGACGAAUGUGCUACGUGAGGCGAAUGGGAAUAUGAUUUCGGCUCGGCCUAGCUUCAAGGGGGGCUGGCCGGGUCAGGGUUCUGAUUUGGGUGUGUAUAAGGUUGACUAG